AUGCAUGCCCGACACAGCUUGUGUUCUCACUGCCUUGCCUCCAUGGAAUUGGAGAUUGAAGUCACUAAUUCAGAUGCAUCUCUAGAGUCCUGGUUUUCGUCUGAUGAUACAUCUACUGGGUAUCUUGAAGAUGUUAUUGCAGGCUGGAGUGUUUGGUACAAGCAACAAAACUUACCAUUCUACUCUCUGUCUCAGGAUCAAAAGGAAAUCCAUAGUCUGGAAAACCAUUGUAUAGAUCUUUUUCCACCAUGUUCAUCCACAAGAACCCAACGCCUCGACGGUAAGCCAUGCCUUUUUCUUCUUCUUGUUUUUUGGGACCAAUUUAUCCCUACCUUCCUUAACUCUAUAGUCUCUAUUGUUUAUUUUGGACCAAUGUAUUCCUAUUCCUUCCUCCUCUCUAUUCCUCUGCUCUAG